GGCUACUGAAACCUAAGUCAACACAACUCGAUGACAAAAAUUCCUCUACUGUGGAAAACUGCCGGCGCUUUUAUUUUGAAAGGCAAGCCGGAUAUGUUUUUGAAUCGGAUCGGCCUUGACAAUAGUGGAGCCCGAGGCAGGACCAUGGGAAGCAGCUUUCCCAAUAGUGGACGAGUUUGAAGACUUUCCCAAAGACGCACAGUAACAAAACUACUCCCGUAACCAUUUUGGUUCCGACUCUUCGAGCGUUUUCGGGCGUUUUACUUUAGCUUUUCGUGCGUUCGCUGCACAUUUUUUGGCUGAACAGAAGUUGUUGUUUUGCGCGGUGGUGAUUUUUUUUUUUUUUGUCAAAGUAAUUUCCUGUUGGUGUUCAAGAGGGAGAGCGUAUUCGCGUUUAUUCGGUUCGAUACUCAAUCCAAAGUUCCGGGAAAUGAAAGUGAGCGUUCUGAAAGGACACGGCUCGUUUCCUGAAGUUGGAGCGGAUAACCUGGGAUGACUCCAGCCGCCCUCCGCGGAAAAGACAACACACUACUGAGUGGGACCCACGCUUCGAGGACUAACAAAGAGAGCCUCUCCGCAGCCGGGCAAGUUAUUUAACAAACCCCACGGGAAUACUGCGCGUUUUUAAUACUUGUCUGGUCUGCAGAGUUGGAGGAUAUGAACGCAGCGCCGGCAUGGGAAGGGAAUACUAAAUGAGUCGUUUCCCAGACAAAGGAGGACACCUCUUUCGGACUGGAUACCGCCGAGCGAAGGGAAAGCCUUGCGAGAAAUGGAGGAGGAAGGCUCCCUUGAGCCGAACAAACACACUGGGAAAUAUCUCACUCUUAUCUCGCUUUGAGGUCCAAAUCUUGUAACAGCGCUGCUCAAUUGUCGCCGCAGAUCUGCCCUUCCCAUUAACAAAACAUUACUCCCCCCCCCCCCCGGCCGAUGCUGCAGCGGUUUUCUCGCCGUGCGUGAGAAAUGGGGAUGGAUCGGCUGCGGUUGUUCGCGAUCUUGCUGCUGAGCGGCUUCGGCUGCUCCUCGGCGUCGUCCGCCUGCAAGUCUUUCGACGAGCGCCCGAAAAGCGGUGGGAAGAGCCAGCCGUCCGACAGGAAGGUGGUGUGCAGCAACAUGGAGCUCCAUCAGGUGUUACCCCCGGACUCCUUCCCCAACAGGACGGUCACGCUAAUUUUAAACAACAAUAAAAUUCAAGAACUCAGAAAUGGAUCUUUCUUCGGAUUGUCUGCCCUGGAGAAAUUGGACCUGCGGAGUAACGUGAUCAGUCGCAUCGAACCGGGCGCUUUUCUCGGCUUGAAAGCGCUAAAAAGACUAGACCUCUCCAACAACAGCAUCGGCUGUCUCAACGUAGACAUCUUCAAGGGCCUCGCCAGUUUGAGCCGACUAAACCUUUCAGGGAACAUGUUCUCUUCUUUGGCUCAGGGGACGUUUGACAGCUUGGUGUCUCUGAAGGCAUUGGAGUUUCAGACGCCUUACCUCCUGUGCGACUGCAACCUCCUCUGGCUGCUGCGCUGGAUCAAAGACAGGAACAUUUCCGUGAGGAACACAAAGUGCUCCUACCCCCAGUCUCUCCAGGGUCAACUCAUCACUUCCAUCAGACCAGAGCUCCUCACAUGCGACGCCCCGCUCGAGCUGCCCUCCUUCCAGCUGACUCCGUCCCAGCGCCAGGUCGUCUUUCAGGGGGACAGCCUGCCGUUCCAGUGUCAGGCUUCGUUCGUGGCCGAGGACAUGCAGGUGCUGUGGUACCAGAACGGACGCAUGGUCAAGUCCAAUGCCACCCAGGGCAUCUUCAUUGAGAAGCGCAUCGUGCAGAACUGCUCUCUGAUCGCCAGCGCGUUGACCAUCUCAAACAUCCAGCCUGGUUUCACGGGGAACUGGGAGUGUCGGGUCAGGACGAGCAGAGGCAACACCACCAGGACCGUCCACAUUGAAGUGUUGCAAAGUUCUGCAAAGUACUGCGCUCCUGAACGUGUCUCCAACAACAAGGGGGAGUUCAGGUGGCCACGCACCUUUGCAGGGAUCACAGCGUACCUCCCCUGCAACAGGCUGCCGUCGAGCGCAGGCACCUACUCGGGCAGCCCCGGGGAAGAGCAGCGAGCGUGGCGCUACUGUAACCGCGAGGGCCAGUGGGCGGAGGAGGACUACUCCCGCUGCCAGUUUCAGAAAGAUGUGACAAGGUUUCUCUACGUCAUCAACCAGAUGCCUCUAAACGAGAGCAACGUGGUGACCAGAGCUCGCCGCCUGUUGCUCUACACGAUCGACGCCGCCAACUUCUCGGACAAGAUGGACAUCAUCUUCGUGGCUGAGAUGAUCGAGAAGUUCGGCAAGUUCGUCGAGAAGUUUAAAGACCUGGGUGAGGUGAUGGUUAGCAUGGCCAGCAACCUGAUGCUGGCCGACGAGAGGGUGCUGUGGAUGGCUCAGCGCGAGGCCAUGGCCUGCUCCCGCAUCAUCGCCUGCCUGCAGAAGAUCGCCGUGUACCGCCUGGCCACGGCGCAGGCCUUCUCCCUGACGUCCCCAAACAUAGCGCUGGAGGCCCACGCUGUCAGGGCCAAUGACUGGAACGGCAUGACCUGCAUGUUGUUUCAGAGGCCCAGCCCCGAGCGCACGCCCGGCCAGGACCGUCAGCUCACAUUCAAAUGCAACACCACCAGCUUCUCCAGCAUCCUUCACAAGAGCACCAUAGUGGAGGCUUCCCUGCAACUUCCUCAGUCUCUGUUCACCCAGGCUGCGCUCCCCGGCCAGGUGGAUGACACGGUCUACAAGCUCCACCUACUGGGCUUCAGGAAUGGCAAGUUUUUCCCCUCCACCGGAAACUCCUCUCAACUGGCCGACGGAGGGAAAAGGAGGAGCGUGGCUGCCCCUGUCAUCAUGGCCAAGAUAGAUGGCAUGUCUCUGCGUGUGCUGAGGACUCCCGUUAACAUCACCCUGAGACGGUUUGCCCGCGGCUCGGACGCCGUGUCCGCCUGCUGGAACUUCAGCCUGGCGGGCGGUCACGGCGGGUGGCAGAGCGACGGCUGCCGCAUCCUGGACCAUCACGACAACUUCACCACCAUAUCCUGCAACUCUCUGGGAAACUACGGCCUGCUCAUGGACCUCAGCAGUGUGGAAUAUUUGUCUCCAAGCAUCCAGCCACUGCACCCAGUCAUCUACGCCACGACUAUCAUCCUCCUCCUCUGCCUGCUCACCAUAAUUAUUAGCUACAUCUACCAUCACAGGUCAGUCCGCGUGAGCCGCAAGUGUUGGCACAUGCUGGUCAACCUCUGUUUCCACAUCUGCCUCACCUGCGGGGUUUUUGUCGGCGGCAUCAAUCAGACGAGACACUCGAGCGUCUGCCAAGCGGUGGGCAUUUUGCUGCACUAUUCUACCCUGGCUACGGCUCUGUGGGUGGGCGUGACCGCGCGCAACAUUUACAAGCAGGUGACGCGAAAGGCCAAGCGCUACGAGGAGCUGGACGAGCCGCUGCCGCCGCCGAGGCCCAUGCUGAGGUUCUACUUAAUUGGCGGAGGAAUACCCAUCAUUGUGUGUGGGAUCACUGCGGCAGCCAACAUCAAAAACUACGGCAGCCAGACCAACGCACCGUAUUGCUGGAUGGGAUGGGAGCCGAGCAUCGGGGCUUUUUAUGGCCCUGUGGGAUUCAUCGUCUUCGUGGACUGCAUGUACUUCCUGAGCAUCCUGCUCCAGUUGCGCCGGCAUCCCGAGCGCCGCUACGAGCUCAAGGAGCCGAGCGAGGAGCAGCAGCAUCUGGCUUCGGCCGGCGGCGAGGCGGGCCCAGAUGUUCCCGGCGGCCACUGCCACCCCCUCACCCUCCAGCUCCAGCCCCAGGAGGCGUCCUCGUCCAUCGCGUCGGCCGCGCACACCGUUCCCCUGUCGGCCCUGGAGAACGAGCACACCUUCGCCGCUCAGCUGAUGGGGGCGGCGGGGGCGCUGGGGCUCUACGCCGCCCUCUGGGUGUUCGGCGCCAUGGCCGUGUCGCAGGACCACCCCUUCGACCUGGCUUUCACCUGCCUGUACGGCGUGGCCGCUCUGGCGCUCGGCGCGUUCAUGGUGGCGCACCACUGCGCCAACAGGCAGGACCUGAGGCGCUAUUGGUCCCAGGCUUUUUGCUCCGGGAGGCGAGCGUACUCCGCGCAGGAGGACGUCCUCCUCCCCCAGCCGGGCGUGGCGAUGACGUCCACGGCGGGAUCGGACAACAAGGCGGACGGGGAGUCGGCGAAGUGCGGCCACAGCAGCGCCGACUCCUCGUACACGAACAAGAGCGUCCCGAGCGUGCGCAACUCGGCCCACGGCAGCAAGCUGACGAACCUGCACGCCGAGGCCGCGCAGUGCAAGUCGGCCUCGGCCCUGGUGACGCCCAACGGCGCGGCCAUAUUGGACAACAGCCUGACGGAGCACUCGCUGGACAACGAGAUCAAAAUGCACGUGGCCCCGGUGGAGGUGCAGUUCCGCCCGGUGAGCAACAUCAACAAUCCGGCCGCCGUCACCAACGGCCACGCGAGCAGGCAUCACAAAAACAGGGCGCGGGCGCACAGGGCGAGCCGGCUAACCGUGCUGCGGGAGUACGCGUACGACGUGCCGACGAGCGUGGACGGCAGCGUGCAGAGCGCCCCCCACAGGCGGCACCACCACUACGACAUGGCCGCGCGCAACAGCCGCCGGGCGGCCUACAUGGCUUACAGGGAGCGGCACCAGAGCCAGCUGCAGCAGGACAGCAGCGACAGCGCGAGCCUGCCGCGCCGCUCCCGCUACUCGGACAAAGGAGGCGGCGGCGGCGGCGGCGGCGGCAGCCCGCUAGGGAACGGGAUAGUGGUAACUGUUGAGACAGAGCAGGCGACUCCCGCUCCAGAGCUGAGCUCGAGCAAGGACUCGGGCUCUGAGAAGCAGCAGCAGCAGCAGCAGCAGCUCGCCGGCAGCACAGAACUCGACAGCCAGCCCAAGUCGUACGGGCUCAACCUCGUCACUCAGAACGGUGGCACCCUCAAAGAGAACGGACAAGCAGUGUCUUUAAUUCACGCAGACGGCCCGGCCUGUAUAAAAACGGGCUUGUGGAAACACGAAACUACUGUGUAGCAACCGUUUCCGUCCCGAAAGACUUGCGUGGUGACAGGCGCGCGACUUUAAACUGUGAAGUGUCUUUAAUUUUUUUUUUUUUUUUUUUUUUGACUGUACAUUUUUUUCUUGGAAAAAAAAAAGAUUUCUUUUAAAUUUAAUUAUUGGAAAAUUAGCCGCGUUACUGCCACCGAGUUGUCUUUGUAGAUAUGUUUUUGUAAAUGUUCUAUUUUUAUAACUUUUAAUCCGACACCUUUGUUCCACCUGAGAGUCCUGUACAUGAAUCUGCACGCUCUGGUUUGUGGCUCUGUGAAUACUCUUACCCCGGAGCUUUUUCUAGUUUGUCCCAACACGAACAACAACAAUAAUAAAAGAAAAGUUCCGUUUA